CAUCUACGCCAGUCGAUCUCGGUCAGUCUGUAUCUAAUCAACAUGAGGGCCCUGAUCGCAGCGGCAGCUUUAGUUGCGUGUGUCGCAGCUUCCCCAGCUCACCCCACCGUCAAUCCGGGCCAGCGCAUAGCAGGUGGAGAUAACGCAGCAAGAAACCAGUUUCCAUAUCAGGUUUCGGUCCAAAUAGGAUCGGGAGCGAAUUUCAGGCAUUACUGCGGCGGUUCCAUCAUCGGCACCACCUACGUACUCACCGCCGCCCACUGCUUCGAUUUCCCACAAGUGCCCGCUUUGUACAGAAUAGUCGCCGGAGUCUUGAACUUGAACGACAUCAAUGUCGGCGAGCAAGUCAGAGCUAUCACGAGGAUCGUGAACCACGAGCUUUACCCGGGAAACAAUGUCGUUGCUCCCAAUGACAUAGCGGUAGCUCGCGUGGCCUCGCCUUUCGCUUGGACCGUCAACGUGCAACCAAUUGAUCUGCCCGCUCCCAACAAGGAACCUUCGGGGUAUGCCUUCCUCUCUGGGUGGGGCUCACUGGGUGCUAACAAUCCCGCGGCUCCUAAUACUCUCCAGUUCGUGGAAGUACCCAUAGUUCACGCCAAUGAGUGCCGAGUGAGAUUAGACGUCCUCCUGCUGGGAAGACCACAUCCUCUCGACGUAAACACUAACAUCUGCUCAGGUCCCGCCCGGGCCAUUGAGUCCGCUUGCGGAGGAGAUUCGGGAGGCCCCCUUGCACUACAUGGUGAGUUGGUGGGCGUGGUUUCAUGGGGACUAACCCCUUGCGGUACCAUUCCCAACGCCGUUUCGGUGUACGCGAAAGUUACCAGCUUCCUCGAUUGGAUCGAGCGCCAAGCUCCCGAUUUACAAACGUAAAUUGAAUUAAAGAUGAUAAUAAAAAUAUUUUUGGAGUGUCUAUUGUGUUUCCAUGUCG